GAUCUUUAGAUCAUAGUGUUCAAUAUGUCAAUGAAACAAUUAACAUUGGCAAUAUUGAAACCAGAUGUUCAACGUUUUAUAAAUUAUCGUAAAUAUAUCGAAUCUGUGAUGUCCGAUGCACAAUUACAAAUUAUUCAUAAUGAAGAGAUUUUUAUGACGCGCGAUCGUGCUCAAGUAUUUUACGCUGAACACAAAGGUAAAUUUUUCUAUGAUCGACUUGUUAAUCAUAUGAUUUGGACAGUUGUAUUUGAACCAAAUAGUUUACGUGGUCGUUUUGGAUUGACAGAUACAAGAAAUGGUUUUCAUGGAUCAGAUUCACAAGAAAAUGCAUUCAAAGAAAUUAAAUUCUUCUUUCCUAAUUUCAAUUGUGAAAGUAUCCUUUCGGAUUUAUGAAACAUCUUUUUUUGUAUAUUUACUUACUUAGGGAUUA